GUGCAGCGUCCCAGGACUGCGGCUCAGUGCACGCCCAGCGGCCGGGCUCGGGGCAGCGAUGGGGGCUCUGCAGCCGGCUCCGGAGGGGGACUGGCUGCUCUACUGGGGGGGCGGAGUCGUCACUCUGCUCUUCACGCUGCUGGCAGCUUUCACUUGCCGCCUGCUCCUGGCUUAUCUGGGGAAGUGGAAGGCGCUGAAGCCGAUUCCGGGGGUCAGCCCCUGUUACCCCUUGCUAGGAAAUACUGUGUUCUUGGAGCGCAAAGGGAAAGAUUUCUUUAAACAAAUAGUACACGUCUUUGAAGAAUACAGGAAUCUACCCCUGCUAAAACUUUGGAUAGGACCAUUGCCUUUUGUGAUUUUAUAUCAUCCAGAUGCUGUGGAGGUUGUCCUAAACAGUUCAAAGCACAUAGAAAAAUCUUUUCCAUACAAAUUUCUACAUCCAUGGCUUGGCACAGGACUUCUAACGAGCACUGGAGAUAAGUGGCAUUCCAGAAGGAAAAUGAUAACUCCCACGUUCCACUUCACAAUCUUAGCUGAUUUUCUAGAAGUUAUGAACGAACAAGCCAAUAUUUUGGUUGAUAAACUUGAAAAGCAUGUUGACAAAGAGCCCUUUGAUUGCUUUCUAGACAUUGCUCUCUGUGCCCUGGAUAUAAUCUGUGAAACUGCGAUGGGCAAGAAUGUUGGUGCGCAGAACAAUAGGGAUUCUAAAUAUGUCUGUGCUGUUUAUAAGAUGAGUGACCUCAUUCAUCAUAGACAGAAGUCUCCUUGGCUUUGGUCUAACUUGAUGUACCCUAUGUUCCAAGAAGGAAGGGAACAUAAUAGAAGCCUCAAGAUCCUUCACAGUUUUACUGACAAUGUUAUUGCAGAAAAAGCCCGUGAAAUGGAGAACCACACACAACAGAAAGAUGACCUUGAAGACAACUGCGAACAAAGUGGGCCCAAAAGGAGAAGGGCUUUUCUUGAUACGCUUCUCAGUACAACUGAUGAUGAAGGGAAGAAACUGAGCUACAUGGAUAUUCGAGAGGAAGUGGAUACUUUCAUGUUUGAGGGGCAUGAUACAACAGCUGCUGCUAUGAACUGGGCCAUCUUNCCUUCCGUUCCAUUCUUUGCCCGCACCACAAGUGAAGAUUGCCAUAUUAGAGGAUUUAAGAUACCAAAAGCAACAGAGGUAGUUGUGCUUCCUUAUGUACUGCACAGAGAACCGGAGAUUUUUCCAGACCCAGAAGAAUUUAGGCCUGAGCGAUUCUUCCCUGAGAAUUCUAAGGGAAGGCACCCAUAUGCAUAUGUGCCCUUCUCUGCUGGGCCCAGAAACUGUAUUGGCCAGCGCUUUGCGCAGAUGGAAGAGAAAGCUGUUCUAGCCAUCAUCCUACGACACUUUUGGGUGGAAACAAGUCAAGAACGAGAAGGGCUUGGCCUUGUGGGAGAACUAAUACUUCGCCCAAAUAAGGGCAUCUGGAUCCAACUGAAGAGAAGAGAAUGUGUGUCAGAAGAAGAAAGCUCGCAAUGAUUUUAGAUCCUAAAAGGUGCUCAGGAGUAUAAUGUAGUGUACUCUGAUCACGAAAUCUUUUUACAGAAUUGUAAAUAUAUCAAAAUAUUUCAGAAUCUCUAGGCCUUUUGUUCUGUAAACAUUUAACUCAGGGUAUGAUCUUUCCCUCCCAUUCAGAUGGCAGGAUGUCUCAGAAAGUAGCUUUGACAGCUGAUACAUCUUGUAUCCUUACUAUCCAUUCUCUUGGCACAUCCCAUCAUCUUCUCUGAGAUGACCAUUCAUGUCGCUCCAUGAAAUGGUUAACUGACUGACUUCUCAAGGACAAGUUAAUAAGGUUUAGGACAUGGCGAGUUUCCACUCUCCAAGAGUAGUCUAUAACAUAGACUAUUCCAUAGUCUAUAACAGCACUUUGUGUUGGCAAUUAAGAAUGUCCAUUAGAAUAUUUUUGGUGGAUGAGUUCCCUUAUAUGAGGGAAAUUAGACAACUGUAGUUCUUGCCUGGAACUGUGGCAGACUAAAUGUAGAUGACUUUAAGUGAAUUUGAUCUAUCUGCAAACAAUGAACCAGUUCCUUGGCUGGUAUGAAUCAGCUUAUCUCUGGGGACUUAAAUAAAAUAAUAAAUAAUAAUUGACUUCAAUGGAGCUGGGUGAGUUUACACCAGCUGAGGAUCUAGACCAGUAUAUUUUUAGUUAUUAUGUUUGGGCGUUUCUGGUGAAUUCAUUCAGUAAUUUGUCAUGUGUUAAAUAAAUUCCACUCUCACUUACAGCACUGCAGUCCUUCUAGCUUCAGUAGGGUUGCACUACAAUAAGGGGAGAAUUUGAAAUAUUUUCUAACAUGUAUGUGUUCUUCACAGUUAUCUUUGAAUGUUAUUGUAUCCUUGAAUGUUGGAUUAAUUUGUCAUGUAAUUUAUAGUAUGAUAUAAUAAGCUCAGCUAGCAGUUGAUUCUCAUUGAGAUUUAUGUAAAUCUCUGCAUUUUAAGUGAUUGUAACCAUUUAUAAAGGAACUAAGUAUCAAAUUA